ACGACGUCAUACAGUCGCACCGUGUUUACUAACGACGGCUAAAUGGUCGUCGGGGAAAUAAAGUUGUUGUAACUACAAAUCAAUUUAAUCCAACGAGCAGAGCCCAGAUAAUUAAGGAUGGCGGAUCCGGCGGUGGCAUCGGGAGGUUCACUGAAUGCAGGAGGGCGUGGGGGUGGUGGUAAAGCAGCUUCUAGCCCUGCAGAGAACUACCACCUGGCCAGACGUCGCACCUUGCAGGUUGUUGUCAGUGCCUUACUGACGGAGUGUGGCUUCGAGAGUGCAGAGAAGGCAGCAGUGGAAACGCUCACUGAGAUGAUGCAGAGCUAUAUUACUGAAAUAGGUCGAUGCGCUAAAGCUUAUUGUGAACACACAGCCAGGAGCAUUCCAACCCUGUCAGAUACAGUGGUCACACUCAUCGAAAUGGGUUUCAAUGUUGACACACUGCCUGUGUAUGCAAAAAGAUCACAGAGGAUGGUUAUAACUGCCCCUCCAGUGACGAACCCACCCGUGACUCCCAAAGCUCUGUCAGCCGGUCAGAAACGCACACAUCCGUCUCACAUUCCGAGCCACUUCCCAGAGUUCCCUGACCCUCACACCUAUAUCAAAACACCAACAUUCAGAGAGCCUGUGUCAGACUACCAAGUGGUGAGAGAGAAGGCAGCAACUCAAAGGAGAGAUGUGGAGCGAGCACUCACACGCUUCAUGGCCAAGACCGGAGAAACUCAGAGCCUCUUCAAAGACGACAUCACUGCCUUCCCAUUGAUCGCAGCACGGCCGAGCACAAUCCCAUAUCUCAGUGCCCUCCUACCAUCUGAGCUGGAACUGCAAACUCUGGAGGAGACGGAUUCCUCUGAGCAGGACGACCAGACAGACAGCGAGAACACAACAGGAAACAUCAUCACUGAUGAUCCAGGGGCUGACAAAGAGAACUCCAUGCUCCCUCCCAGUGGCGUUGUUCCCUCUACAAAGGCCAGUGAGGACAACGUGAUCGACAACCCGUACCUCAGGCCUGUCAAGAAACCCAAAGUGAGGAGGAAGAAAUGAGUCAGGGCCUACCUGAACCAAUAGACUCACAUUUGGCACAGUGGUUGGUGCUUUCAGCAGUCCAGUCAGUGAUUUCCCCACAGAGAGGAGCGGCCCGGUGUUGAAGCCUGCUGUGUUAGCCGGGAUCAGCGGCUGCUUUUCCUCAAUGCUGGGACCAGUACUGCUGUUGACUUUGGCAGGCUGACUGACUUCUAUUGCCUUUUUUUGUGUUAAAAGUCAUUAUUUUCAGGAGGCCCUCACUUUGUUUAAAUUUUAUGUGAUAUCAUUUUGUAAGCAACAUCAUAGUGUAAUAUACAAAAACAAGAAUCCAGUCAUUUUGUGA